UCCACUGUACAGGAGAGGCGCAGUGAAUCUCGACCGAGCCUCGUUUCCCUGGUAGAGGCUUUAUUUUCCUCUGUGAAGGAUGUAACGGAGGAUCUCCGCUCUCUCGGCUCUUAUGGCUCCAUUUCUGUUCCUGUUAUUUCUAUCUGGAGCAGCUUCAGACCAGACUGUGGUACCAGUGCACCCUGGAGAUGAUGUCACUCUGCCAUGUCAGUCUGCUGGUUCCUCCAUCAGUGUUGUAAAGUGGAGCAGAGCUGACCUGGAGCCACCAGAGUAUGUCCUCUUAUACAGCGAUGGACACUUGAAGACCUACAACCAGCAUCCAUCCUUUAAGGACAGGGUGGACCUGGUGGACAGAGAUCUGAAGGACGGAGACGUGUCUUUAACUCUGAAGAAUGUGAGCAGACAUGACGCUGGAAUAUACACGUGUGGAGUUAUACACGGUGAUUCAAGACGUAAAAAGAGAGACACCGACUCUGACCUAAUCACACCAAUCCCAACAAUCCGAACCGUCUGUCUGCAGGUUACGGAGCCAGCAGUUUCAAACAUCAGAGAGGAUGAAGACCGCGAUGGAAACUCCUCUCCUGUAUGCCAAUACCGUGGACUGGCUGCAGUUUCAGUUGCAGCAGGUGUUGUGCUUCUUGCUGCAGUGGUUGGUGUCCUGAUAUACAGAGGACAUAAGAACAAGAGAUCAGGACAACCUGCUGCUGCUGCUGAUGAAGCAUUGGCCGUUCAGUUCAUCAACACCUGACUGUUUUCUCACGUGCUGUAUUACUGCUGUGUGUGUGAGGUCAUGUGCUGCGUCGUGUAGUCUGUUUCCCCCCCCCACCCCAUCGUGGUGGAGGGGUCUGCAUCUGAGUCUGUGAUCUGUAUCAUCAGGAGCUCUGAGAUCCUGUAGGGUCUUCAUGAUGAGAUGGUCCAGAGGAGGGUCAGACAGAGAGUUAACUUUACCUUUAGAGAACUAGAAUAUUUACUUGAGUAAAGGU